CGCCCCCCUUUUCAGCUUCUUGCAAGAGAGAAGCAGCUGCUGCGUGUCCGUCUGCCGACCUAGACGAUGGAAAGAGUUGAAUGAAUCGGCGCUUUUUCUCUCCUUCUUUCUCCCUUUGAUGGUCUAGAGUGAGUCAAAAUAAUGUCGGCGUGUUGUUCGUGGCUGUUUCGCCGAAUCUUCGAGGGGGCGGUCGUCUUCUGCGUCCUGGUUUUCCUACCCGGCAUCCCGCCGCAGAUGAGCUUCACCGCCUUCAGCGUAACCGAGCCGGUCGAGCUGAAGGGCGUGUUCGCCGUGAAUGAUAAACUGGAUGGAAUCGAGAAGCUGUUCAAUCAGGAAAUCAAGGGACCUGAGGGUUUUGCUAUUUUUGAUGGCACGGUGUACACAGGACUCAAAGGAGGCAGGCUCGUCAAGGUUGUUGGCGAUACUUUGGUGGAUGUUGCCGAUCUGUCGCACCCCUGUGAUGGAAUGUGGGAUGAAGUGCAUUGCGGUCGCAUCCUUGGCAUGAACUUUGACAAGAACGGAGUGCUGUACGUUGCUGACGCACAGUAUGGCGUUUACCAAGUGAAUGUUAAGACUGGCGAACACUCUCUUCUCUUUUCGUCCGAGAAACCAAUUGAAGGGAAGAAAGCCAUUUUGGUCAACUCUCUUGUUUUGUCUUCGGACGCGUCUACUAUGUACUGGACCACGUCAAGCACUGAAGCCAACUUGGAGGAUGGCCUCUUGAGUCUGCUGGGAGACGGCUCUGGAAGACUGUUCAAGUUUGAUAUGAAAACCAAGACGCACACGUUACUUAUGGAUAAUUUGCACUUUGCCAACGGAGUGGCUCUCUCCUUGAAAGAGGAUUUCCUCGUGAUCGCUGAGACUGUUCGCGGAAGACUGCAUAGAUAUUGGCUGAAAGGACCAAAGGCUGGUCAAAGUGAAGUGUUCAUUGAUGGACUGCCCGGCAUGCCUGACAACCUGAGACAAACAGGACACGGAAGUUUCUUUGUGCCGCUAGUGGCCGCCCGAUUCAACACGAUGCCUGUAUUGUCCGACGUGAUUGCCCCUUACCCACUGGUUAGGAAGUUUUUGGCCCGACUCAUCUGCGUUCUCAAGGCGCCUUUCUACCUUGUUAACAAAUACUACCCCAAUGUCUACACAGGAACCUUCACUCACAUGUUUUUCUUACAGUUGGGCAGCUUCGAGUUUAUGACCCCGUUUGCGACCAAAGCGCUGAUCGUGCUGGAAGUGAACGAGUCUGGCGAGGUGAUAACCACACUGCAGAGCAAGGACAACAGGGUGGUGGGCAUCAGCGACAUCAUUCUGCAUGACAACACCUACUACUUUGGCUCGCCAUUCAACACCUUCCUUGGCCGGCUCAAAACCCGCGUGCCCAUCCGCGUUAAGCUGUCCGACCUGCAAAAGGAAGAGGCGGGGAAAACAACCACCACAACAACCUCCACCACCACCACCACCACCACCACAACAACAACCACAACGACAACUCCCAGACCCACAACAACUACAAUGACAACAAGACCCACAACAACAACUCCAAAACCCACAACGACAACGGAAACGACGACUACCAAAGCUCCGACCAAACCGCCAACAACGCAGGCCCCAACCACAAAACCACCUACAACGAAAGCAACCACAACCACAACCAAACCUCCAACCACCACCCCUCGAGCAACCACCAAAGCUGCCCCGACGACCGUAAAGCCGGUUGUGAAACAACCUACCACCGCAAAGCCAGCUGAGCGCGUUGAAUUGUAAAAUAAUCCGUCAUGUUGUUGAACUCUGGGUUUAAGGGAACAAAGAGAACAGUUUUCAAAAGCAGCUGCUGGAUUAACUAUAAGUUGUUACGGUUUGAAUGUAGUCUCUUCUGCACAAGAUUCUUAAUUUGAACGCCAUCAAGGGGUCUGUAAGUGUGAGUGGAAAAAUUUCUCCCCUCAACCUGACAAAUCUGCAAUCUCAGAAUGUUUCUGUGAUUCUUGGGAAAUACAAUGGCGACCCCUUUAAAGACAGAACCACUUGAAAUCUUUAUACCUUUAGAUUGAUUAAUUAGUUUUAUGGCAUCUAAAUUACUGGAAUGUAAUUCCAUAAAAAUACUGCAAAUUUUGGAUAUUUCAAGUGGAUCUCUCCUCUAAGCAUGUGAAUCUGGAUUGAACCACCUAUACAUCAUCAAUUUUUAAUAUCUUGAGCCUCGAAGACUGGGCUUAAGAACGUUAAUAUAUUACUCUAUAUUAUUUUCAUUUUUGAUAAUUAUUUAAUCUUUGGAACCAUUUUUGUUGAAGUUGAUUGAAAGAAAUUCUGCUCAAAGUAUAAAAGUUUUGUCAUAACCAAAAGUAGAGGUAUUGAUUGAUUUACAGUUGGCUAAAAGCAUUGAUUUAUGAAUCAUCGAAUCAACCAAAACACAGUUUUGCAUUUAUACUAAACUUGUCCAUUAAUUGCUGAGCAGUGUCGUGAUUCGUGAUCUGUCCUGCACAGCACACUACUCAUCCACAAAUGCAUCAUAAUAAUAAUGUUAUAUUGUUCUAGAGUGCGCUUCAACGAAAUAUUUGGUUGUUCAAAUUAUUGUUUGUUAUUUUGGCACUUAAGUUUAUGAAUAAAUAAAGUUUAUAGAAUAGA